GCGGAGGCGCGGCCGCCACAGGACGCCCGGCUCGGCCCGGCCACCGGACGGCACCCCUCGCUCUCGGCGGCCGGCCUGCUGCUCCGAGGCGGCGGCGGCGGCGGGCGGCAUGCGUGUGUGAGAUGCGGCCGCGGGCAGUCCGGACGCGAGCAGCGGCCUCCGGGGCGGCGGAGAAGGCAGGCGCGGCCUCCUCAGCGCGGGGCGCGCAGUGCAUGAGGGCGAGCACGCGGGCGCUGGGCAGCUGCCGGCCACGCCGCCUCCAUAAACACUUGUUUAGGACUCGUUCGCCCCGCUGAGGUCCGGGCGCCCCGCCAUGGAGGCCCCGCCCGACCCCGGGCCCCACGCCUCGGCCUCGGCCUCGGCCUCGGCCGCGGCGCCGCUGCGCGCCCCGGAGGUGGCGCGGCUCCGCGAGGAGCAGGAAAAGGUGGUCACUAGCUGCCAAGAGAAAAUCCAGCACUGGAAGAAGGUAGAUAAUGAUUAUAAUGCCCUUCAAGAAAGACUCAGUACCCUGCCUGAUAAAUUGUCUUACAAUAUCAUGGUACCAUUUGGCCCCUUUGCCUUCAUGCCAGGAAAACUUGUCCAUACUAAUGAAGUUACUGUUUUACUUGGGGACAACUGGUUUGCAAAGUGCUCAGCAAAGCAGGCCGCGGGCUUAGUCGAGCACCGGAAAGAACAUGUAAGGAAAACAAUAGAUGAUUUAAAAAAAGUGAUGAACAAUUUUGAAUCCAGAGUUGAAUUUACAGAAGAUUUGCAGAAAAUGAGUGAUGCUGCAGGUGAUAUUGUUGACAUAAGAGAAGAAAUUAAAAGUGACUUCGAAUUUAAAGCAAAGCACCGAAUUGCUCAUAAACCUCACUCCAAACCCAAAACUUCAGAUAUUUUUGAAGCAGAUUUUGCAAAUGAUGUACAAUCCAAGGAUUUGCUUGCUGAUAGGGAGCUGUGGGCUCGACUUGAAGAACUAGAGAGACAAGAAGAAUUGCUGGGUGAACUUGACAGUAAGCCUGAUACUGUGAUUGCAAAUGGAGAAGAUGCAUCGUCUUCUGAAGAGGAAAAGGAGGAUCAGAACAUGCAUGGGAAUGUGGAGAACGAAGGAGCCGACUCCGUUGCCCCCAGCAGUCUUUACAGGGACGUUACAGACCCAGAGCCGCUCAGGGCUGCAGUGAAUGGUCACCGAAACUGUUCAGUGAAUGGUCCCACUUCCCAUCACAGUGAUGAAGACGAUGGUGGUGAUGACGAUGAAAAUGAAAAUGUCCAUGAUGCUUUAGGAGUUGGAGAUACUUCUGUACCAACAAUAUAUUUUUCUCAUACUGUUGAGCCUAAGAGGGUCCGAAUAAAUACUGGAAAAAAUACCACUUUAAAAUUCAGUGAAAAGAAAGAAGAAGCCAAACGUAAACGAAAGAACAGCUGUGGUGGUGGCCACUGUUCCCAGGAGCUGCCCACGCUCAGGACUCCUGCUGACAUUUACAGAGUUUUUGUUGAUCUUGUGAAUGGAGAAUAUGUCCCUCGGAAGUCCAUCCUGAAGUCUCGCAGCAGAGAGGACAGUGUUUGCAGUGACACCAGUGAGAGCAGUGCCGCCGACCUUGAUGACAGACGCGGGCUUUGGAGGAGCAUGAGCUGUGAAGAGGCCACUUGUAGUGACACCAGCGAGAGCAUUUUGGAAGAGGAGCAGCAAGAAAACCAUCAAAAGAAACUUUCGCCCAUAACAGGAACACCUGAGGCUUUUUCUGGAACUGUGGUAGAAAAAGAAUUUCUAUCGUCCUCCUUAGCACCGCACCCAGCUGUGGCUCAUCCUGUGCUACCCACCAUUCCGGAACGCAGAGAGGCCCUGGCAGAGGGGUCAGGCGGAAGCGCAAAGCGGGUUUCAAAGUUCAAAGCUGCCAGACUGCAGCAGAAAAGCUAGGCGCUCCUCGGAAAUGGGGAUUUAUAUCCUCACACGUAGUUUUGCAUUUGUUUAGAAUAUAUAUAGCGAAAUACGUCACAUGUAGUUGGAAAUAAGGCGUCCUGAGUUAAUUUGGCAGGAAGCUCUCUUAUCUUAUCAGUGGUAGCAAAAAAAAAUCCAAGUAGAUGUUUGGAUACUUGAAUAUUCGGCUUGUUUUGUUAAUUCUCUGAAUACUGUCAACACCCUUGUCUGAGUUUGCCUUAUGAUGCAGUGGCAGCUUUUCGAUUUAUUUUUCAAAGAAUACUCUUCAUAUGCAUUGUUUUUGUGUUUCGAACUAAAUACAGGCAGUUUUGUACCAGCUGUGAUGAUGUGCACACCAUAUGGACCAUUUAAAGGAAACUUUUAAAAUUUCAAAUAGAUUCAACAAUUAUAUUACUUGCUUUAGCAUUUUAAAGGCACUUUAAAAAAAUCUACUUCUUGUAGGUUUUGCAGCUCGGUGGCUAUUUCAGACCUCUCCCCUUGACUGUCGUUUUGUAAUCUCUAAGGCAGAAAGCUCUGUGGACCCCAUGGGAAAGUGUCUUUGAUCUGAAGAAUGGUAUUUUGUAAAACAUUUUUUUUCAAGUAAAAAUUUUAUGAAACUUUGUCUCUUAA